AUGCCUAUGUUCAGAUCUGCAACCCCCAGCCAGAACGGCUCUAACUCAAACAUCCACUCUGCGGUUCACUCCGCUGUUCACUCCCGCGCCCACUCCCCCUCCGACUUUGAUACAUCCUACGAUGAUAGCCUCCGCGCUCAGCUCAAGGUCCGCGGGCUCCUUCCUCCCCACGUUGAGAGCUUCGAGCUCCAAAAGGCUAGAUGCCUCGAGCAAAUUGCGCAAAAGUCCAACACCAUUGACAAGUACACCUACUUGUCUAACCUCCGCAAUACCAACACAAACUUGUUCUACCGUUUGUUGAUGGACAACAUGAAGGAAAUUACUCCACUUGUCUACACCCCCGUCGUUGGGGAGGCAUGCCUCAAGUGGUCACACAUCUACACCCAGCCUGAAGGGCUCUACCUUUCCUAUGCGGACCGCGGAAAUCUCCGUGCCGUUCUGGACAACUGGCCGGCCGAGAAGGUGGACAUCACCGUUGUCACCGAUGGAUCCCGUAUUCUCGGACUCGGUGAUCUCGGUGUCAACGGGAUGGGAAUCCCUGUCGGGAAGCUCGCUCUCUACACCGGAUGCGCCGGUAUCCACCCUGAACGCACCCUUCCUAUCACCCUUGAUCUUGGAACCGAGAACGAGGAGAACUUGAAGGACCCUCUGUAUCUUGGUGCCAAGAUGCACCGUGUCACAGAGGCUGAGUCUCUGGAGUUCUUGGAUGAAAUGAUGAUUGCCCUAAACGACAAGUGGCCCGGCCUCGUUGUCCAAUUCGAGGACUUCAAGAACCCGUUCCCAUCUCUUGAGAGGUAUAGGAAUACCUACACUUGCUUCAAUGACGACAUCCAAGGUACCGGUGCUGUGAUUUUGAGUGGUAUGAUCAACGCCCUCAAACUCACCGGUAUCCCAUUCAAGGAUCAGCGUUUGGUGUUUAUGGGAGCUGGUUCUGCGGCAGUUGGUGUAGCCAAGCAGAUUGUGCAGUUGUUCGUCAAGAAUGGCAUCCCCGAAGACGAGGCACGCAGGAUGUUUUGGCUUGUUGACUCGAAGGGAAUGGUUACCGACGACCGUGGCGACAAGCUGCAGGAGCACAAGGUGUACUUCUCCCGCGAUGACAACGAGGGUAAACAGUACAAGACCCUGGAGGAGGUUGUUGACCUUGUCCGCCCCACUGGUCUCAUGGGUCUCUGCACUAUCGGUGGUGUCUUUACUGAGUCCAUCUUGAGGAAGAUGGCAUCAUUUAACGACCGCCCUAUCAUUUUCCCCUUGUCAAAUCCCUCAAGCAAGUCCGAGUGCACCUUCGCCCAGGCCAUGGAAUUCACCAACAACAAGGCCAUCUUUGCCUCCGGAUCUCCCUUCCCCGAGGUCGAGGCUGACGGUGUCACCUACUACCCUGGCCAGGGUAACAACAUGUACGUCUUCCCCGGAAUCGGUCUCGGAACCGUUCUCUGCGAGUCGGUCCACGUUACCCAGGAGAUGAUCUACGCCUCUGCCGUUGGUCUUGCGGAUUCCCUGACCGAGGAGGAGAGAGCCAAGAGCUGGCUCUACCCCAGCCUCGACAGGAUCCGCGACAUCUCCGUCUCCGUUGCCCGUCAUGUCAUCCGUGCUUCCCAGGCCGAGAACCUGGACAAGAACAAGACUCUGCAAUGGCUGAGCGAUGCCGACCUUGAUACCUACAUCCGCACCAAGAUGUACAACCCCGCACACGAGCACUCCCCGGCCGGCAGCCCGACCAGGGAGAUCCAUGGCUUCGACACCAAGCCCCAUUCCAAGUUUUAG